UGUGUGUGUGUGUGUGUGUGUGUGUUUGUUUUUAAAUUUAGAAGCCGUCUCGCACAGAGUGGAGUGAAAAGGAGAAGAUUUUAAAACCGAAACAUAAAGUAGAUCCACUCUUAUCUGUACGCAGCCCAACAGCUGAAUGACUGCGUGUUGAUGGACGAAUAUAUUGAAUGCAGCGCAGAAACUGGGUCUCUUUUGGUUGCAAAGCUUAUACCCAAAAGAUCACGUGGAUUAGAUAUCAAACCUGGCUGUGAAACUUGGGAUGUGGCAUUUUCACCUGAUGGCUUGUACUUUGCAUGGUCACAAGGGCACAAUAUUGUAAAAUUGAUUCCUUGGCCACCUGAAAGCUGUAAAAUAAGCCGUAAAAGCACAAGUCGUUUAAAAUCAUAUGGCAAAGUAAAAAGCAAGUGUGGCGAAAAGAUAAUCGACUGUGGUCAAAAUGUGUGGGGGUUAGCAAUUGGAUCACCUCCCUCUGAGUACAGAAGUCAGUCUUCAGCGAACCAAAACAAGCGCUCAGGAAUGAUCCUCGCCACAGGUCUUUCCGAUGGAGAAAUCAAACUGUGGGAAGUGCCUACUGCGCGUCUACUCUUCACUUUGAAAGGCCAUCAGGCUGUGGUGAGGUGUUUUGCUUUUAUCUCCAACAAAAACUUCAUGCUGGUCUCUGCAUCACGAGAUACAACUUUGCGUGUAUGGGACCUACAACAGAAAGGUAAAUUAGUACAUAUAUUAGAUGGCCACAGACAAUGGGUCUAUUGUUGUGCAGUUUCCCCUGACUCGAGUAAACUAUGUUCUGUGGGAGGAGGAAAGACUGUUUUGCUGUGGAACACAACUUCAUAUUCAAUGAUUCAGAAUUUAGAAGGACACAGCGGUGAUGUCGUUUCGUGUGAAUUUUCCCCUGAUGGAGCAUUAUUAGCUACUGCAUCGUAUGAUACACAUGUAAUUGUGUGGGACGCGCACACUGGAGAAAGCCUGAUGAAACUGAGACAUUGUUUCCACACUGCUGCUGCUAUGGAUAUUGAUAGUGGUUUCAACACUGGCUUUGUACGAGCAGUCUCCUUUUCCCAGGAGGGUUUAAAUCUUGCCUCAGUGGCUGAUGAUGGAUUGUUGAGAAUUUGGUCCUUGGCUUUACAAAGGCCAGUAACAGUUGCCCCUUUGGUGAAUGGAUUGUGUUGUACAUUCUCUCCACAUGGUGGUGUAUUGGCUACAGGGACACGAGAUGGCCAUGUUAAAUUCUGGACAAUACCUAGGGUCUUGCCAACUCUACAACACAUUUGUCGCAUGGCUCUGCGCCAUGUGAUGUCGACCCAGCAAGUUAUGCUCCUACAAGUGCCUAAAAAGAUGAAGGAGUUUUUAAUUUAUAAGAUCUUCUAGUUUACACCUGUGAGAUGUAAACAAUUUGGGAAGAAAAGUAAACUGUCAUAUCAGACAAUUCACUAGUAUAUUUUUAAAACCAAGAUAUCAAUGUGCACUUUAUUAAAAUUCUCUACAUCUAUAUUACAAUAUUACUACCAAGACCCCUUUUUAUGUAUUUAUUGCUUUACAUGAAAUUAAAAAUUGAGUGCUGUUCAAGAAUCCCUUUGCCUCCACAGAUGCUGCUUGAGUCACCGAGUUCUUCCAGCGCUUUUUUAAAAAAUUCUUCAUUCCAGCAUCCACAGUUAAGAAUAUUUUUGUCUACCUUUAGAACUUCCCGUUUUGAACUGACACAGCCUAUCAAAUAUAUUUAUUACAAUGAACAGAGAGAUUUUGGUGAAUAUGAUUUGCUAUUUAACUAUGAAAAUUAGUCCAAUAAAUGUUCUAUUUGGCUCCAUGUUGAUGGUAAAUACCUUCUCCCCCCACCCAAAGCAGUUGACUAAGUCACAAGCCAAACUAAAUAAAAACAAGUGCUGGAAGCACUCAAACAGGCCAAAUUGUACAGUAUCUGUGG